UUCUCUUUGCAGAAGGUCAUACAUCCGGCUCCUUCCUUGAUAGAAGAAUCUGGCAGAGGAAGAAGGCAAUCAACUGGAGAGGAAGGGAGGAUGAGGGGAAAGCUAGACUCAGUCCAUCCAGAAGCAAGAAAAGGCCCUGAUAUCGCGGAGGCUGGAAGCAGAAGGGAACUGUGGGAAGGAACCUUGUAGAAGAGCCUGGGGGAGGAUUUUCCCCCUUCAGAUGUACAGCGCCACCAAUUCUGGUACUUUCACUACCAGGAGGCCAAAGGGCCCCAAAAGAUCUGCAGCCUUCUCUACCGCCUUUGCCUCCAGUUACUGAAGCCAGAAAGGCACAGCAAGAAGGAGAUCCUGGACCUGGUGAUCCUCGACCAGUUCCUGGAUGUCCUGCCCCCAGAGAUGGAGAGCUGGGUCAGGGAAUGCAGGCCGAAGAGCAGUUCUCAGGCGGUGGCCCUAGCAGAAGGCUUCCUCCUGAGCCACACAGAUGAUACGACCAGCAGUUUCUCCUUUGUGGGAUCCCCAUAUGUCUUUCAGGUGAAGGGAAAGAUCAUCUGUUGCCACGGAGCAGCUUUUCAGGGUCUUACCAGUAUCCUCUUUAUCAGUAUCCAGUAUCCCCAGAGAAAGCUUGACGGAGAACGACAACAACUCUCAUUGGAAGAGGAACAGCAGAGGAGAAGCAAUGGAACAAAAUGGAAGAGGGGGGAUGAAUCAUCCCACCAACAAAUCUGUACCAGUGAGAAACCAUAUAAAUGUUUGCAGUGUGGGAAGAGCUUCGUUUGGAAUGGAAACCUUACUGCCCAUUGUCGAAUCCACGCAAGGGAGAAAUCAUAUAAAUGUGUGGAGUGUGGAAAGAGCUUUGCUCUGAAUGGAAACCUUACUGUCCAUCGACGAAUCCACACAGGAUGUAAAUGUGCUGGGUGUGGAAAGUACUUUGUUCAGAAGAAAGAACUUACUCUUCAUCUUCGAAUCCAUACAGGGGAGAAACCAUAUAAAUGCAUGGAGUGUGGAAAGAGCUUUGUUCGAAAUACAGACAUUACUCUUCAUCAACGAAUCCACACAGGGGAAAAACCAUAUAAAUGUGUGGAAUGUGGGAAGAGCUUUGUUCAGGGGACCCACCUUACAUCACAUCAACAAAUCCACACAGGGGAGAAAGCAUAUAAAUGUGUGGAGUGUGGGAAGAGCUUUGUUCACAGUACACAUCUUACUGUCCAUCGACGAAUCCACACAGGGGAGAAACCAUAUAAAUGUGUGGAGUGUGAGAAGAGCUUUGUUCACAGUGCACAUCUUACUGUCCAUUGACGAAUCCACACAGGGGAGAAAGCAUAUAAAUGUGUAUAGUGUAAGAAGAGCUUCAUUUGCAGUACGCAGCUUAGUGUUCAUCGAUGCAUCCACACAGGGGAGAAGCCAUCUAAAUGCAUGGAGUGUGGAAAGAAGUUUGCUUGGAGUACAGAGCUUAAUGUCCAUCAAUGAAUCCACACGGGAGAAACCAUAUAACUGUGUGGAGUGUGGGAAGAGCUUUGCUCAGAGUGCUCAUCUUACUCCCCAUCAACAAAUCCACAUGGGAGAAAGUAAAUAACUGUGUAGAGUAUGGUAAAAGCUUUGCUCAGAGUCUACAGUUUACUUCCCAUUGAUGAAUCCACACAGAGGAGAAACCAUAUAAAUGUGUGGAGUGUGGAGAUUUCCAUGUAAUCAAGAACUUACUUCCCAUCGAUAAAUCCACACAGGGGAGAAACCAUAUCAAUGUGUGGAUCGUGGAAACAGCUUUUCUCAGAGUUCAGGCCUUAUUCUGCAUUGAUGAAUCCAUUAAUCAGAGAAUCUACAUGAAUCCUAUGAGUCUGGAACCUCUCAGAACCUCUGCCAGUGAAAGAAGCAAGCAAGUAUAAGUAAUAUUAGUUAGUCAGAACUUAGUCAGCAAAGGUUAGCUGUUAUUUGUUCUCAUUGCUGCCUAUGCUUGUUGGAGUGAUACCUGCCUUGCAUUCACUUCCUGAAUCUGUCUUUGAAUAAACCUUAAUAUAUUUUACCAGUUUGUGUCAAGAGUGUUUGCUACCUGUACACACGUUCACUCAGGAUGAACCGAGAGGCUGAAAAGCCUAAAACCAAACAGACAGAGCCCUACAGGAGACUUCUGGGGGUCCUAAGUGGUUGUGGUCAGUGUUUGGGGAUGGAAGCAGAAGGUCUCUGGUCUUGAUACGAUGACCAUUCUCAGCAGUCUCUGAAGAUCAGUUGCCUGGAGAUGAGAGACUGCAGGUGCAAAUAAUUAAGCAAGGCCACACAUUCCUUCUGGAAGCAGGCUGAAACCAGGCCUGCACACUGACUUAACAAACCAGAGUGUUAAUCCAAAUACAUUGCAAGUAUGUUUGCACCCUCCUGACAAUGCUCCAGACUUAUCUUGCUGUAGGUGUAUUUACUCCAGGUUAUAGGGAAUUUAUUCCUCUAUCCAUACACCUCUCCCUGCAGGGGAGACCUACUUGAUAGAUGAAUCCAUGGGAGGAGGGCCUGAUUUAUUCAGACCCCACUUGGGUUCUGAUAACAUCAAUGUCAGCAGAGAAUAAGGGGCCUUUGCAGGUAAAGUUUGACCACCCCAUUUCUACCUAUAUUUUUCUUUUUUCUUUUCAUAAAUCUGCAUUCUUUUUGGCACAUUUCUAAAGAUUUGCCUUGGAACCAUAACUUAUCACAAACAGACAGCUUAACAAAAGAAAUAACUUACUUUUUAUUCUAAAUAUUAUCAAUUAGAGCACCAUCUCUGACAAUUUCUAGUAUACAAAAAUAAUGAAAAGACCUUUUUCUUCAGGCGAUAGGAAGCACAAAGGAAUCAGCAUAUUGGAAAAUAGCAAUAUCGCUGCUGGGCAAGCCUCCUGUUUUAUUACUUUUUACCUUUUGGCUUUUUCUGAGCAAAGUAUAAUAGAUUAUUAUAGACACCCCUUCUCUCUCCCCCCCUCCCUCCCCCCCAUUCCUUUUUCCUGAUUCUCAUUAUCUCCCCUCCCUUUUUCUUUAUUAAAUUUUCUUAUCAAAUUUAAAUUUCAGUAGAAGGUACAAAAUGUUUUGCUGGUGACAUAAUAAUGAUUAUGAAAUUACUGGAAAAUAAGGCACGCUUUUUUAUUUUCCAUUUUUCUCUCUACUUUUAUUUAUAAAGAUUUAUUUAUAAAAAUAUUUUAAAAAUUAAGACAUCUUUCCCUAUCAUAUUCGUAAUAGUUUGGUUAUCUAACUAUAAAAUGUGAUAGUUGUAAACUCUUUAUCUGCGUAGAAAAAAGUAUAUGGAAGAUGUAUAUGGAAAAUUUGUAUAAUUUGUAUAAUAUUUUUAUAAACAGAAGCGCAAGAAGAAUAAUGGCAUCUGGAAUACAUCAAAAAGACAAAAGGAGAACAGAAGAAACUGAGGAAGACCAAAAAAUGAAUGGGUGGAAAGUUUGUUGCUUGAAGUUACAAGGAGAUUUUCUCGAUAUUGACCAGAUAUUUUUCUAAAUACUCUGCCUGCUUCUCUGUCUUUUGGUGCUACACCUCUGAAGAUGCCAGCCACAGCUGCUGGCGAAACGUCAGGAACUACAAUGCCAAGACCACGGCAAUACAGCCCGGAAAACCCACAACAACCACUCUGCCUGCUCUUCUGAGUUCUUUCCUCAAAUUGUUGCAUUUGCUUCACCAAUAUUCGUGAUAGACUUUUUGAGGAAUUGUUGGCAGAAGACACCCCUGAAGCCUACCUUGACACGGCCAAUCUGGCCACAUGGAUCCAUGCCAUGGUAACAUCAAGACUUGACUACUGUAAUGCACUUAACCUAGGUUUUCCCUCUAAGUUCACUUGGCGACUCCAGUUGGGGCCGAACGCUGCAGCUCAGCUAUUAUUGGGAGUUUGGAUGAGCAUGAAUAUUACUCCCAUUCAGAAAUCACUCCAUUGGCUACUUAUCAGUUACUGGGCUCAAUUCAAGGAAUUGGCUAUCCCAUAUAAAGCUUUCCAUUGCCUUGGUCCAACAUAGCUUUGGGACUGCCUCUCUCCCUAUGUUCCUCCAGGAACAGGGAUGUCCGUAGGUGCUACUUUGCACAUGGGCAAAAUCCACAGCUCUCUAUACAUGUGCAUUCUCUGAAGUGGACCCCACUUUCUAGAAUUGCUUACCUGAGGAGGUUAGGAAAGCUCCCACUCUCCUGGCUCUCCACAAACUAUGCAAAAUUGAAUAAUUUAAGAGGGCUUUCUGCUCAGUUGGGAGGGCUGUAAUAUAUGGAAGCGAUCUCAAAGAGAUGCACACGUCAGUAAAGGGAUAGGGAGUGACUAUAGACUUUGUUACUAUUGCUAUAAUUAUGAUCCUAAUGGCUAGAGUCUAUGUUGCUCAAUAUGUCGAUCUUAGAAUUACAUAUGCACUGUUUCAGCAAUUUCUUAAUUUUGUAUUGGAUUUCUGCAGGUUUUAAAUCUUUGCAAAUUUGCAUGUAUAUACCUUAUUAUAUGUGUAUUGAAAUGCCUUGAAAUUGACUGUAAUGACCCACACUCUGUAAUUCGCCUUGAGUCUCAGUGAGAAAGGCAGACUAUAAAAAACAUAAAUAAAAACUAAAAAUGAAUUGAA